UUCUCUCCAGAUUUCUGAGUCCCCUGAAUAUGUUCAUUGGUGGCACUGUGGUGGUGCUGGUCUUCAUGGGGUUUGUGUGGGUAUCGCACAACAAGGAUAUACUCCGCAGGCUGAAGAAGCAGUACCCAACCACAUUUGUAGUGGUCAUCAUGCUGUCUAGCUACUUCUUGAUCUCCUAUCUGGGAGAUGUCAUGGUGUUCAUGUUCGGGAUCACACUUCCUCUCCUCUUGAUGUUUGUCCACGCUUCUCUAAGGCUCCGGAACAUAAAGAACAAGCUGGAGAACAAGAUGGAAGGAAUAGGCUUGAAGAAGACCCCGAUGGGCAUCAUACUGGAUGCUCUAGAACAGCAAGAGGAUAGUAUCAACAAACUGGCUGACUACAUAUCUAAAGCGAAGGAGUAAGCAGCUGCAACACAGCAUUUUUACCUGUUGCAGGAGUGUAGUUGCUAUUUACUAUUGUUCAAGCUUGCUUGCAGUUUGUGUACAAAACAGGAAAUGCACAUGGUACAGAUUAAUAAUUGCAAGAUACAGGUAUCCCAAGGUCUUCAGGGCUCUUCUAAGAACAUACGAGCUGCAACUUUUUUUUCUAUUGUAUCGCAAAAUGUUCUGGUGUUUACACAAAUACAUACUAACUUAAAUGUGUUUGCUUGUCUUUUCUUCUGGGGGAUAGAGGAGGAAGAGAUGGAAACCAAUGGAAUGCAGUCUCUCAAACCGUCCUGCAGCAAAUUUGUCUGUUAGUAUUGAGUAACACCCCUUUCAUCUCAGUUCUACAUGGUGGCAGUUAGCCGGUUUAUGCCGAGUAGCACCUUCAGGCUGGCAAUGUUCAAGGUGAGCUGGAAUGUAUCAGAAGUAGGUAUCUCUUGCAUCCUCCAGAUCUCUCACUUGAGUGGUCUGUAU